AUGGCGGCGCCCAUGGCGAUCGCGCGCCGGGACAGGGUUGACCUCGGGGGACCCGGAGCCGGCACCGGGCAGGGGCAGCUUGGGAUCGCCCGGCAAUGGCGGACGGGCUGGGACGCGCCACGGCUGCCAAGGCCCGGAGCAGGAUACCAGAUCCCAUCGAGGACGUGCUCGGGGAGCUCCUGGGGUUCGAUGAGGAGCCCCCGGCUCCCCCUUCGCGAGGUUCCCGGGCCCCCUUCCCGCAGGGAGAGCCUGGAUCCGGAUUCCGGAGGCAAAUUCCCAGCGGGGAACGAGAAAUUCCCAGCGGAGAAUGCAGAAGGGGCAAAGGAGCUGGAUCACCUGGAUGAGCUGGAUGCAGAAAUCCUGGGAAUGGCCAGAGUCGGGCCCAGGCUGGGGAAACACGCCAGGAAGGGGCUGGGUCCUGGAAAAGGGGCAUUCCCAGAUCCGGGGGACCCCCUGGAAAAGCCGUACCCGGAGGAGCCGGCGGGGCCUGGGAACAGCUCCGGGAACAAAGCGGGACGGAGCAGAGACAGCGCCCCACCACGUCCUGAUGUCACCUUUGGGGACGACGUCGAUGACCUGGUGGAUUCCCUGGGGCUCGGGAGCAGUGCCGACGGAGCCAGGAAUGCGCAGGGAACACCGGGAGGCCAGGGGCUCCGGAAGGGCCACACCGGGAUCCAGGAGCUGCUGGGAGGAGGCUCUGCGGGAAAAACCCCAGAGCAGCCGGGAAAAGCGGAAUUGCAGCCGGAUCCCAAGGAGCAGGAGCAGACGGGGCUGGGCAGGUGCCGAGAGGAGCCAGAUUUUCCCUUUGGAUUCUACGAGCCCUCGGUGGCCUCAGGGACUGGGCAGAGACGGGGACGGAGGUGUCCGGUUGGGAGCAGCUCCCGACGUCCCUCUGGGGCCACCUGGCUGGGGCUGAAGGAUGAGGAUUUCCCAGGAUUGGGAUCGAAGGAUGAGGAUUUCCUGGGAUUGGGACAGAAAGACAAAGAUUUCCCAGGACUGGGACAGAAGAACAAGGAUUUCCCGGGACUGGGACAAAAGAACGAGGAUUUCCCAGGGUCAGGGCCCGAUCCCCCAGGACAGGAGGGUGGGAGCUGGCUCAGCGCUGCCCUGGCACAGAAGCAAUCCCAGGCUGAGGCUCCAGAGCGGAGUUCCCACACCCAGAGGGUCCCAGAGCCCCCCGAGCCCAGCAGGCUGGAUCUCCCCAUCAGGACACAGCCCCGUGGGCAGGUGGCAGCAGCAGUGCAGGAGGUGCCGGGUCCUGCCACGCCCGCUCAGGAGGAUCUGCUGCCAGCCCAGCCCUGCUUGGAGAACCCCCGAGCUCUUCCGCCCUGGCUCUGCCCAGAGCAUCCAGGAGCUUUCCCAGCCCAGAAGCGCCAGGAGGAUCUGGAAACAUCCCAGCCCCACCAGGAGGAUCCAGGGGCUCUCCCCUCCCAGCCCCACCAGGAUUCCCAAACUCUCCAGUCCCAUCUGUGCCAAGAGCAUCCAGGCUGUGGGAUCACCCUGCGCAGCCUCCAGGCCCGGGUGGAGGAGCUGGAAAACCAGGUGCGGACUCUGGAGCUGGAGCGGGCGCAGCGGGGACCGGUCCUGGAGAGCUCCUACAGGAGUCAGGGAAAGGUGGAGAAACAGCAGGAGAGACCACAGCGGGAAAAGGAGCAAAUCCCAUCCCGGAGCCAGGGCACGGCACGGGAUCACCCCGGAUCCCAGGAGCGGGAUGAGCAGCUCACAGUGCUCCAGGACAGGCUGUGCCGGCAGCAGCGGGACGCAGAGCGGGAGCAGAGCCGGCUCCAGGAGGCUGUGGCUGACUUGGAGACCAGGCUGGGAGAGCGGGAGCAGCUCCUGGAGCAGGAGCGCCGCAGGGCCGCGGCCGAGCGCUCCAGGGCGGAUUCGCUGCGGGACGCGCUGGAGGAGCAGCGCCGGCUCUCGGCACAGCUGCUGGCCAUGGAGAGGGUGGCGCUGGACGAGGCCAAGGGCACGUGGCUGGAGGAGCAGCGUGCAGAGCUCCAGGAUCGCUCCGAGGAGCGGCGGCGGCUGGCGGCCGCCUGGGCCGAGUUCCACGCCCGGGAGCGGCUGAGCCGGGAGCGGGCGGAGCAGGACAAGGAGCGGGCCCUGGGCAUGGAGUCUGCACUGAGGAGCCUGGCCAAGGAGCAGGCAGAGCUGAAGUUCCGGAGCCGGGAGCUGAGAUCCAAGGAGGAGCAGCUGGCGAGGGACAGGGAGGAGCUGGACGAGGCCCGGCGGGAGCUGAGGCUGGAAAAGGAGAAGGUUCUCCGGGCCGAGCAGCGCCUGCGGGAGCGGGAGGAGCAGAUCCACGCCCUGGCUGAGCGCUCGGAGCAGCAGCACCAGGACGGGGAGCGGGCGCUGCGGGAGGCACGGAGCGUCCAGGCCGAGCAGCGGGAGCGGCUUCAGGCCCUGCGGGAGCAGCGGGAGCAGCUGAGGCAGCAGGAGCAGCGUCUGCACCAGGCAAAUCCCUCCUUCCCCAGCCCAGCCUGGCUGACCGGCUGA